AUGUUGGUGAAAGAGGAGGACUUUGAGUUUAGGAUUCAAACAAGCAAGGUAGGCUAUGAAAACUUUCCUUUCGUUAUAGAUGAUGCCAUCCAUCAGCAUAUUUGCACAGUGCAUGAGCUCAUCAAUGUAGGCGUAGUAAGUGUUGUAGUUCCUCCUCUUCUCUCUCUUGAAAAUCACAAUGUCAUUGAAGGCCUUAUCUUCGCUCUUCUGCUGAUAGGUGGAGAAGCUCUAGAAAUAGAUAUUAUUAUCAUCGUCAUCGUCUGUAUACCUGUGAGUUUUGAACUUGUGGGGGAAGUACAUGAAUCAGUAAUUGCCUUGGAAGAAGUAGGGAGAACCCGAGGUGUAGUAAGAGAAGCCAUCAGGGCAGUAAGUGAGAACAUCUGA